AUGUCAGCAUCGGAAAUAAUUGCCAAUAUUGAAAAAUCUUUGCCCAAGGCAAAAAAGUGUCCAGAAGACGUUAUCAUUGAAGAUUGUCCCGAAUGGUUUACCAAAGAUUAUCUGGAGUCAUGUCUGAGAUCUUAUUAUCAGGAUGACAGCAUCAAAGUGGUAAAACUCCAUGCCAAACCUGCCUUGGGCAAGGGUGAAAAUUAUGGUGGUCUCCUAACCCGUGUCAAGGCUGAAUACAAAAAUUCCAAAGGAUGCCUGAAAAAGGGCGGUUUUAUUGUCAAGACCUCCUUUGAGGGUGAUGAAUUGGCCUGCAAAACCAUGGAACCCUACGAUAUUUUCAAUCGGGAAAUUGAAAUCUAUGAGGAGGUAUUGCCCAAGCUGAAAGCCUUACUUAAAGAAAUCGGUGAUGAUGAGCAGAUCUUUGCCGAAACCAUGACUGUGGAUCGUGAAAAAUCUGUCUUGGUAUUUGAAGAUCUCAAUGAACGGGAUUUCAUUAUGCCAGAUCGCCUCCAAGGUUUGGAUAUGGAAACUACGAAAAUUGUCUUGAGGAAAUUGGCCAAAAUGCAUGCCUGUUCGGCAGUGUUAAAUGAACGCCAACCCCACUGUUUGGAGCACUACGACAAGGGAUUUUUUAAUCAUCACACUGAGGUGUAUGCACCAUGUUUUGUGGGCUGUUUUGAGGCUUGUACCCGUCGUGUGGCCCAAUGGCCAGAAUUUAAGCACUUGCACAAAAAACUAGUGGAACUGACACCAUUUUACAUGGAAUUGGGCAAGAGGGUAUUUGAUCCUCUACCCUCACAUCUCAACGUUUUUGCUCAUGGUGAUCUCUGGACCAAUAAUGUUUUGGUUAAAUACGAUAAGAAAACCAAGAAACCCCUCGAUGUUAUCAUCAUUGAUUUCCAAUAUUCCGCCUGGACAACACCGGCAGCGGAUCUCUUCUAUUUGUUCAAUUCUUCGUUGACCGAAGAGAUGCAUUUGCACAAGCAGGAUGAAUUGAUACAACAUUACUACAUCCACUUAAGGGAGACUUUGGAAAAGUUGCGGUAUCAAGGUGACAUACCAAGUUUACACAAAUUCCAUCAGCAAUUGCAGGAAAAGUCGUUUUAUGCCAUGCAUACCACCUGUGUGGUCCAACCCAUUCAGCGCAAUGUCAUAAAUGACGAUGCCGAUUUCAAUGCCCUCAUGCAGACCGACGAACGGGCCAUACGUUUCAAGAAUACCUGCUACACAAAUCCCUUUGUUCAUCGUAUGGUACGCCAAUUAUUGCCCGUCUAUGAUCAGCGAGGUCUUCUCGAGAAGGAUCAAUGA